GGCUGAGCGUUUGUGUGCGUGUGUUUCGUGAUAUCUCAGACGUCACUGUCUGCCGUUGGCCCGCUUCAGUUUGGAUCAGUUCGGCUCAGAUGAUCAGUCGGUUCUCUCUAACCGCAUCCGGACCCAGGUCUAUUUAAACCGGGACAUCUUUCGCCGGAAGUCCGGACCGAACCGGGACACUUUAGUUUUUAUUAAACCCAGCCGAGGCGGAGGGACGCCGUUAACGUAACGCCCGUGACGUAGGCCCGCCAGGGCUGCCGCCGCUCCUCUGGACUCAGCACGCCGUUCCUCUGACUGAGUGAUCGACUGAUCAGACAGGGACUGGACUGUGUGAUCGAUAAGUGUGGAUGAUGGAGAGGAAGAGGACGGACUGUCCGGCUCUGCCGCCCGGCUGGAAGAAGGAAGAGGUGAUCAGGAAGUCCGGACUGAGCGCUGGGAAGAGCGACGUCUACUAUUACAGUCCCACAGGGAAGAAGUUCAGGAGCAAGCCCCAGUUGUCCCGUUACCUUGGAAACACGGUGGAUCUGGCAUGUUUCGACUUCCGCACGGGGAAGAUGAUGCCCGGAAAGCUGCAGAAGCAGAAACAGAGAUUCCGACAUGACCCGCUCAGUCUGGCCAAGGGAGGUAAACCAGACCUGAACACAACUCUUCCCAUCAGACAGACAGCCUCCAUCUUUAAACAGCCUGUUACCAAGGUUACCAGCCACCCCGGCAACAAGGUGAAGGCAGAUCUGCAAAGAGCGAUCGAGCAGCCCAGACAGUUGUUCUGGGAGAAGCGACUUAAGAGUCUUCGGUCAUCAGAUGUCUCGGAGCAAGUCCUACGCACCAUGGACCUGCCCAAAGGCCUUCAGGCCGUUGGUCCGGACCCCAGCCAUGACACUCUGCUGUCCGCCAUCGCCAGCGCUCUGCACAUGAGCUCCACUCCCAUUACAGGACAGACGUCCGUGGCAGCAGAGAAGAACCCGGCCAUCUGGCUCAACACGUCCCAGCCGCUCUGCAAGGCCUUCACCGUCACCGACGAGCAGAUCCGGGACCAGGAAGUGAAGGUGUCCCAGGCCAGGAGGAGUUUGGAGGAGGCUCUGAUGGCCGACAGUUUGGCGCGGGCCGCCGAAAACACCCGAGAGCUGCUGGAAGGAAAGACGGCCUGAAGACUGACAGAGAUCCUCUCUUCACCAUCCUCAGGGUUCUCGGUUUCUUCAUCUUAAUCCAGAAAACAAGCCAAAACAGAGCGCCCACAGACUUGAACAUCACCUGCACUGAUCCGUUGCCUCAGCUUUCUUCUUCAGGAAACUAUUUUUACACUGACUUGACCCUGGACGUCUACCGGUGACGUCCUCAGAGCAACCACAGCAAUAAUGAGUUCAGUCUGGACCAGAUCACCAGCUGGAAGCAACCAAAGCCUUUAACCCUCUCUGUGCUUUAUCAGCUGUGUAAACUGUACCAGCGUCUAUCUUCUCUCAGCUUCUGAAAACAGAAAUCACUUCUUAGUCUAUUUUUAAUAUUUAGCUGAAGAACAAACUGCUGGACGGCUUUUGCUAACGACUAACUUUCAUUGUGCGCUUUGAUCGUAUUUGUGGAGUCAGGUGUCAUCGGUUUUAAGUCUUCAGGGGUUUUAAUGAAAUAAUUAGAAUGUACAUGAAAAGGAAAUAGAACAAUUGCUUAUUUAAAACAAAUUUUAUACCUUCAGAAAACUUUCUUGUACAUUUCUUGAACUGAAGUAAAUAAAUGAUUUUAUUGAC